AUGUCUUCGCAACAAGCGAAAAGUGAUGCUGCGAUUCCUUCCUGGGAUGGUUCCAAUAGAACAUGGAGGAGAUACUGUAAGGAAGUGGGUUGGUUUGUUGGUUCGACGAAAGCCUCGCAAAGACGCUAUACAGCUAGCAAACUGAUUAGCCGUUUGACUGGAAGUGCACGACUGUUAGCGAUGUCAUGGUCCCAAAGGGAAUUUGAUGGCGAGCAAGGUGUGACACUUUUACUGAGGAGAUUAGCGUCCUCUCCACUGGUCAGAAGGUCCCUUCCUAAUGCUGCUGCAAUCAUGAAUGAGUAUUUUGGAUUCAGAAAGCGCCCCAAUGAAACCAUUGGUCAAUUCUUGGUAAGGGAAACCCUUGGCUUCGAAGAAUUCCAAGAAGCCCUUCUGCAGCUCAAGGAUGAGCGUGAUGGCAUAGACCCUGCAGAGCGUAUCUUUGACCUGCCGGAGUUGACUGGCUCCUUGGAUGAGGAUGACAAUUGGCGACAUUGGCAACGUCGCGAUGAUUGGCGUGGAUGGCAGCGCUGGUCGGAUCGUGGUUCUGAGCCGGAUGGCGAAGCCGCUGACCAUCGUCCUGAUGCGGUUGAGUAUGAGCAAGUGCCGCAAUCUGAGACGAAAUCUGAUCCUGGGCGUCGCAGUGCUCCAGCUGAUCCCGAUCCGACAAAAGGGGGAAAAGGGUUCAAAGGGAAGUUCAAAGAUGGUAUGGCCAAUGUGGCAUAUGGUUCUUGGCCGUAUGAUGGUUUUGCAAUGUCAAAAGGUAAAGGGAAACAAAAGGGUAAGUCAAAGCCUUCAGUAAACAUGUACGGCAUGGACUUCAAUAUGGACUAUUACCCUAUGGAAAUGAUGGAGACGAUUCAAAACCCUUCAACUGGUCCUCGAACGGUUGUUCCACUGGGAUAUGGAAUGUUGGAUUGCGGUGCCACUGCUUCUGCUGGUCCUGAAGCUUCAGCAAAGAAGCUCAUUUCCCAUUUGCGUGCCUUUGAUGCUUCACUAUUGGUUGAGCUAAACUAUGAGCGGCGACCAUUCUUUCGCUAUGGGUCUGGGAAAUGGGGUCAAGCACUAUAUCAUGCUGUGGUCACAUCAUCAACUACACCAUAUCGCAGUUUUGAGAUGUACGUCUUGGAGAACCCCCCUGAAUUUUAUGAGUCAUGGUAUACUGAGGAUAUGUUGGUCCCUAUUCUGGUUGGCAUGGAUCAUUUACGCAAAACUGGUUUGAUCUUAGAUUUUUGUGAUGGUCAUGCAGUUCAUGGUAACGAUCCUCAACCGGUACCCUACAAGAUGGAACAGAACUUCAAGGGUCACUUCAUGGUGAACAUUGUCAACUACAUGUUUGGCAACACGGCUGACUCUGAGGCUGCGAUGUUGCAGCAGCUCACAGCAGAGUCUUUUGCCGAGGUGCCUGGGGAUUCCGAGUGGCCUUGGUUUGAACUAGCGAUGCACCAACAACAUGGGUCUUUUGCAGUUUUUUCUGGAAACCAUGGUAUCAAAGAUGAUGACAGUAGGAGAACUCUUUUUGACUCAUUUGUGCACCGUCGUUUGGCCAUUCAACAAGCUGCGCCAUUCUCAGCAGCACCUGGUCCUCAAGACCCUCAAGGUUCUGACAUCACCUCGUCUGUGACUCAUGGCGACCAAGUCCAAGGCGGCUGCGCCCUUGGAUCACCCUCGCGAACGGGGACCAGAUCCGGAAGAUCCCCGAUGCUCACCAAACACGGGAGCUUCGAGACCGGAUCCAACAACCACGGCCUGUGGAAGCACUGCGGAAUUUGCGGGCUUCGGACUUCAUAUGUUCCCCGAGUGAGCAGCCUGGGCAAGAAUGUGCAGAAGCUCGACAUGAAGCUGGUGACCAAUGUGAUGAACCAGCUGGAGAUGGAUCUUCGUCCUCAGGGCAAAUUGCCCAAUCGUGCUCUCUUCGAACUGCUGCUGGAAUUGGUGGAGACGGGUCAAAAGAUCUCCGGUCUCAAAUAUCAGCUGAUGCAUCUGGAAGAGCAGGCGAUGGCCCUCGAACAUCGCUACCAGAAAACCUUGAAGAUGGAUCCAAGUGCCUCAUCCACCAAGGACAUGCUGGUCAAGAAGGAGGAGACCGAGCUCAUGGGCUACCUCACCGAAGAGGAGAAAGCCAAGCUCCUGUCAGUGGUGGAAGAGCGCAAGAACAAGGAAGCAGCUCAGAUCGACGAUCCGGAUGCCGAGUUUGACUAUCUCAACUUCACCUUGGACGCUCCUGAGAAUGUCAAGGGUGUCACUUUUGAUGUGGAGUUAGAGACUGAGUCCAUGCAUGACAAUGAUGUUUUCACUGCAGCGCCUUCCUUUGAAGAUAUGCAGGCCGCAGCAGUUGAGAUCGAGUGCAUGAUGUGUUUCAACUCUAUGCAGUCCGAGGACAAGUCCAACAAACAGAAAAAUCUCAAAAACAAAAAGAAAAAGAAUUUGAAAAAGUUCCAUGCAAGUUUGAUUGAACAAUCAAGUACAGAUGGCAAGACAGUGCCACAACGUUUGCACAACGACUCCAAGAAGGCCCACUCUGGUAGCUUCAAGGAAUCUCAAUUUGCUUUGCCCUGGAAGAUUCUGAAAGCUGCGAUGACCCUUCUUACAAUGUUGACUUUGACAGCACAGACCCAGCUCAGAGAUUUUCUCCAUGGUGAACAUGUUGAUGGCUGGGAGUUCUUUUGCGCUCCAGAAAGCUGGCUCACUUCAGCUUGCCGUUCCGAAGGUUUGAGAAUGUCUAGGAUCAAUUUGCAACAAGGUUUCGAUUUGUAUCGGAAGGAUACCUAUGACAUGCUGCGAGAGAAGUAUCAAAAAGAAAAGCCAAAACGUUUGUGGGUUUCAACAAGAUGUACCUAUUGGUGUCCAUUCACUUCUUUGAACUAUCGCACUGAAGAGGAGAAAUCACGCCUAGCCCAACAUCGAAGACGUGAACGAGCCAUGUUUCGAUUAUUGAUUCCCUUUUUACUGGAAGUUUUGGAACAAGAUGACAAUGUGGAAUUAUUUUGGGAGUGGCCAACACGUUGUUAUGGUUGGGAGGAUGCAGAAUUUCUUCGGUUGGUGCGUGGUCUUCAACGUUUGGGCAGGGAUUGGAACUAUGGCAGAUUGUGGAGAUCCGAGCUGUAUCCCGAAAAAUGGCUUCAUUAUUUACAUGCCCCUGUACCUCUAGAUGAUCCUCCAGAAGAUGCUCUUCACUCCUUGGGUCUUUUUGAAUUCAUGCCUGUGGAAGGCGAAGAACCUAGUGAACAAGAACGAUCACGAUGGAAUGUGCAAUUGCUGAAAUAUCAUCGCGCUGCUGGGCACCCCAAUAACUAUAACCUGGCUAGAAUCUUGCGUGAUGCUGGGCGUCCAAAGUGGCAAGUGCAAGCCGCCUAUGAUCUUCGAUGUGAAGAUUGUGCUGCUCUGAAGUUGGGUGGUGAGAGUAGUGGAAAAAUUCCUCCAGCCUCAAUGCGACCACUUCCGGCCGCCUGGGAAGUUGUUGGUUUGGAUGUUAACGAAUGGCAUCCACCUGGCUCUAAGGAAAAGCACAAGAUUGUUGUUUUCAUGGACCUAGCCACCAAGUUCAAAUGCACAUCCAUUUUGAAAUCCUAUGAUGCCUCAAAGAUGGAAUCCGAGAACUCUGAGAUGUUGUUGCAAGCUUUUACACAGCUUUGGCUUCAGGACAAACCAAAACCGAAAGUUCUGGUGCCUGACAACUCAUCAACUAUGAUUUCUCAAAAGAUGAAAGACACUCUCUCCAACCUGAACAUUUUGGUUGAACCACCGGCUGCCAAGGAGAGUUGGGCCCACGGACUUGUAGAACGUGCUAUACAAGAAGUCAAGGAUGUGGCCUCGAAAAUUUUCCUCUCCAACAAAGAUUUGUCGCCACAGAUUGUGUUUUCUUUGGCAACCUAUGCCCUGAACUCAACAGAAUUUGUACAGGGAUUUACUCCUGUGCAGUGGGUCUAUGGUCGUCAAGAAACUCUGACUGAAGAAGAUGAGCGUAGUUUGCAACAUGCCAAUGCUGAAAGUCCACAGCGUGACUUCACAAGUCUUCUUCAACGGCGUCAAUUUGCCGAGGAUGUUGCCCGAAAGGUCAAGGCUCAGCACACUCUGACCAAACUCAACAACUCGAAGGUGCGACAGCCACUUCAAGUUUUUCAUCCUAUGGAUUUGGUGAAGAUUUGGCGAAAACAGGGCUUAGACAAAGGUCCACGGGGAGGUAUGAAAAAGGCAAGCCGCUCUCAAUGGCUUGGUCCUGGUCGUGUAGUUUUUCAUGAAAUUUUGCAUGAUCAGCAUGCCGAAGAUUCUCGUCGUCAUAUCGUGUGGGUGAUUGUUGCAGGUACCAUGCAUCGCUGUAGUGUUCACAGUGUUAGGCGUGUUACAACACAGGAAAAACUGGAAUAUGAACUUCACAGUCCUGAAAAAUCUGACACUUGGAAAAGUUUGAGCGACAUGUUACCCAAGAGAUCUUUCAUUGACAUGGCUGACGAUGAACCUGGUGAUGAUGAAGAAGAAAGACCUUUCCUUCCCGAUGAACCUGCGAAGUCUUCUAGCUCUCGCCAUGCGCUUUUGGAUGAUGGCGCCACCACUGAGCCUGAGAGUAAGAAGCCUCGCACGGAUGCUGGUUCAGUCACGUUGACGAUUUUCAUCGCUCUGGUGACAUGA